AUGGACGCGACCAUGGCCGCCUCGUCCUCUGCAGCGGCUGCAGCCGGGGCUGCAUCUCCAACGCCAAAGAUGCCUCGCUACACAUAUUACCUGUCGAACUAUGAGUAUCUGGGCCCAUCAGUGAAUCACACAUUUUCGGCGGAUGACGACAAGAGCCACAGCCUUUCCCCGAAGUUCGGCACUGACGCCACGUGCGACGACGCUUCUUCGUCCUUCGGUGAAGUCCAGCCGUCUUCCGGUGGAGCGGCUAUGCUCUCCACCCAUCUCUCAGCUCCUGCCAACGUUGGCCUUAUUACCAGCGGAACGUCGAUUGCAUCCGACAGUAAUGGCGCGAUGGGUGACAUAUCCCCGCGUUUCGGGAGAUCUGAAGGCACAAGUUCGUCGUCUGAUCGAAGGCUUGGCAGCAAGAUGUGCUCGGUUGACGCGGAUGAUGAACUCGGUUGCGCCAGCGUAGCUGAUGAGUACAGCGGCGACUUCUCCGAGCCGUCCGCCCGUCUGGAGGAACAGCCUGACUUCAAGACCGAUUUGUACAUUGGACACCCGUUAGCAGCGAAAAUGGAGCGUUGGAUGGCAAAGUACGCCUGUGGAGACAUGGAGGAGUUUCGUAGGAAGCAGAAAGAACACAUGAACACUCUUUCGAGCGGCAACCUCCGUAGCGAACCAUUAGACGAGUUCCCGAUCCGUUGCGUGUUCCCUUGGGGCGAGACGGUGUCCGAAGGGAACUUUGAUCCCCUGUACAUCAAGGUAGGAGACGUGCUGGUGCGUCGUUACCAUGUAUGUGAAAUAUUGGGCAACACGGCGUUCUCUGUUGUUCUUCGCGCCCGCGACGACCGAGAGGGUGGAGAGGUGUGCUUAAAGAUUAGUAUGCCAGACACAGUGAACCAAGCCAUCGAUGAGAUCAAUUUGCUGAAGAUCCUGAACAACACCAAUCCGGAAGAAUCGCGCGCAAUAGUGCAAUUAAAGGACUUCUUCUACUACAAGGGCUGCGUAUUUUCGAUCCUAGAAAUAUUGGGAGCGAAUCUGUACGAAUCCACGCGAGAGCUGUACAAGAAGUCAAAGGCACAACUGUCACCUGCCCCCGGCGACCGGUCCCCUAGUGUGGGUCCCGAUGAGAAGACAGGAUGGUCUUUGGAUACCAUACGCAAGAUGACUGUCGACAUUUUGAAGUCAUUAAAGUACAUGCACAGUUUGGGUAUCAUAAACUGUGACCUGAAGCCGGAGAACAUCGUGCUGAACAACGGUUCGGAAUCGCCCAUCGUGAAGUUGAUAGAUUUCGGCUCCAGCUGCUACAUUCAGGAGCGCCUGAGCAACUAUGUGCAGAGUCGCUCAUACCGAGCACCAGAGGUUAUUCUGGGCCUCCCCUACGACACGCAAAUCGACCUCUGGAGUUUGGGGUGCGUGCUGUGCGAAAUAUACAUGCAGCGCAUUCUAUUCCCCAGCGACAACAACGCAACCUUGAUGGCAUCGAUGAUAAGUCUCUUGGGUGUGCCUCCGGUCUACAUCUUGGAACACAAGAUGAACAGCACGUUCAUGGUGCUGCCAAACGGAAACGUGGCGGACCUUGGCGUGAGCUCCGAAAUCCUGAAAGGUCCACAGAAGACGUUGAACUCCGAUUAUCAGUCGUCAUUGAUGUGCAACAUCUCCGUCAGCAACUCCUCACGCGGCUCGGCCGUUGGCACGCAGGUGGGUAGCAAGGCUGAUAUAAACACGCAAGCCGACUACGACUCCGUGAUGGACCUGAACGACAGCAACGACUCCAACGAAUCCCAGGAGUACACCAACAUAACACCGAGGAAGUACUCGAUAAUGCAGGACGUGGUGGUGUCGCGGCGCAGUGGCGGUGCCCGUCUGCAGCAGGUGAACAAGGACAUCAAGCUAGACUUCAGCCACGGACGCUCUAACGCGAAGUGUGUGAGGAUCAUCGAGCCUUAUAGGUGCUCAAUCGAUGAGAUGAUCGGGACGUCAACUUCUCCCGAGCUGGAAGCCUUCGGCGACUUCAUCAAGGGGCUGUUGCAGUACGAUCCGCUGGAGCGUCUGACAGCUUCCACUGCGCUUUCGCACAGGUUUAUAACAGAACUGCACUAA